CCGACGAACAAGCCUUCCCUGGAACUCACAUCCGCAAUUCUACAUAGUACUAUCCUCUUCACGACCAUGUCACUACCCAGAUCUAGUAUUUCACCUUGCACUCUUCCCUCCCUCGAUCCUCCCGGAGAGAAGCAGGCAUUGCCUGCUCCGUACAAUCAACCUCCCUUCAAGCGUGGAGAGUUGACUAAAGCAGUAAUCGAAAGCGUGUCCAGUAUGAACCCCCUACCAAGACUCCAUCGCAGCUUGAUGCCGGACUCAAAGGCCACAUGGAAGCCACCCGUCCUGUACUAUGGCUGGUCGAUCGGCGACCUUCUCCCGAGACUGGUCGGAUAUGCUGAACAGCACAAGCUCGCGAGAUACACCGUCAUCGGCCGCGUGCACAAGCCAACGACGCCAUGGGGAGAAAAGCUCUAUUCCUCCGACUCGGAGGACUCCGAUAGCGACGGGGAGAGCGCACACUGGGGCGAUACAGAUGAAGAAGAUGAGGAAGAGGAAUGCGGCGUAUACGUGGAUGAACUUAGGUCGGCGAACAUCGCUCUGUAUCACAUGGCAAAAGAGGCUGGCAUCGACAUGCGUCACCUACCUAUCACCAGGCGGCCGUUCGGUAUCUGCGGCGUGCUGCACUACCCGCACAAGCUGGUGAUAUCCAUUUACUCGAACUACGGGCUCGCUUGGGCUAUUCCUCAGGACGACAUCGAGAAGAUGCAGAAGUAUCUCGGGAUACAAGAGACGCCUGCAUGGUAUGUGAGCAACAUGGACGCAACGUGGAGUAAAAUCGCUCCCCAGUGGUGAAGGUGGCGUCUGACUCCGGUGUCGUUUCAUGGUGUCUGCUGCGUCCUGUUGUACGGAACUGGACUGCGCUCUGUGCUCGUUGUAACAUAGUGUACCUGUGUAUUUACUACAUUGCUCGUAGACGCAGUUUGUUUGGAAUGCUGCACCGUGGUCCGAAAGCUCUGCAAUGUUGCUGCAAUGAGCA